AUGAAGCAUCAUGGCAUAAUGGAAAGCGAGAGGGGAAAUAAGAGAAAACUCAGGAUGAGGUACCUCGGGAUCACAAGGCCGCUCACGUACCCUGUGCGGCAGAAUGGGAAAUGCAUGGCCAAGAUGAUCCUCUCCGUCUGGCUUCUCUCCGCCUCCAUCACUUUACCCCCGCUCUUUGGAUGGGCACAGAACGUCAACGACGACAAGGUAUGCCUGAUCAGCCAGGAUUUCGGCUACACGAUUUACUCUACCGCAGUGGCAUUUUACAUCCCCAUGUCGGUCAUGCUCUUCAUGUACUACCAGAUUUACAAGGCCGCCCGCAAGAGCGCCGCCAAACACAAGUUCCCCGGCUUCCCGCGCCACCCGGAGCCCGACAGCAUCAUCUCCCUGAACGGCAUGGUGAAGCUGCAGAAGGAGGUGGAGGAGUGCGCCAACCUUUCGAGACUCCUCAAACACGAGAGGAAAAACAUCUCCAUCUUUAAGAGGGAGCAGAAAGCAGCCACCACCCUGGGGAUCAUCGUCGGGGCCUUCACCGUGUGCUGGCUGCCCUUCUUCCUCCUCUCGACCGCCAGGCCCUUCAUCUGCGGCACCUCCUGCAGCUGCAUCCCGCUGUGGGUGGAGAGGACAUUUCUGUGGCUGGGCUAUGCAAACUCUCUCAUUAACCCUUUUAUAUAUGCCUUCUUCAACCGGGACCUGCGGACCACCUAUCGCAGCCUGCUCCAGUGCCAGUACCGGAAUAUCAACCGCAAGCUCUCGGCUGCGGGCAUGCACGAGGCCCUGAAGCUGGCGGAGAGGCCCGACAGAGCCGAGUUUGUGCUACAAAAGUCUGACUGCUGUAGAAAAAAAAGCCAUGAUUCAUGAUCAAAAGCAAAAUCAUGGAGACGAACAAAACAAGGCAAGACAGAGGUGGAAACAGAACGAAAGCAUGUGCUGAGACUCUGAAACGCUGCUUCCGGGUUUUCUUGGGCUGGUUCAAACGUGACAAGCAGGGCGAUCUGGUGUACACGCGUAUCAUGAGGGAGCUGGUGACCUCUCCUUGUUUGUUCCCUGUGGAUCAGUGCUACUGUGUGCAAAUGAAAAUAGUUCUCAGUUUAAGACAGGCAGACCAGCUCGGCAGUAAGCUCCCGAACUGAGCUGAGCUCCAGAAAGGAAACAGUUUCUGGUGCUUUACGAAUGUCCAAGUCCAUGCAAGUCCGAGCCUAGGCAUUGCGGUGGAUAUUCAGGAAUCCGUUCACGAGAGAGAGAGUUAAUUUUGUUGUAGGACAGAUGGGUGUUUUUCCAAGCUAACUGCAGUAAGCAUAGUGUUGACUAUGUUGCAUGUCCCGUGUUAGAAAACAGAAUCCCGUCAUCAGCUCAUACAAAUGAUUUCCCAGAGCAGUGUCUGUUUUAAGCUUCUGUCAAACCGUUUGGCUUUUCCGCAGGGUCCCUGUGACUUGCCCACGGCGCACUUUCUUUGUUAACUGGCUUACUGUUACGGUAUAACUCAGGAACAGAUCUCAGGAUGGAGAGCGUCAGAAAACCCGAAUAAAGCUUUUUCUUGUGCUCACACUUCCUCCGAGGGGUUCUGAGAGGUGAGGGGACUCCUUCCAUGAGGACUUGUUACCUAUCUGCACUGGAUGUUAACCUGGGUGUUGGCACUGAACCUGAACUUUGGACUCUCAUUACACGCUGGUGCCAUGGGCCCAAGGCUGGCCCAUAGCUGUGCUUU